UGACUGGAAUUUAUUUCAGUUUAAUAAUAACUUAAGCUUAGGCACCUGGUUUUGACAAAAGUGGCCUAAACUCCCACCCAGUGAGCUGCCCUGAAGCCCACUGCAUCUAGCUCCUGUCGGCACUCCAGAGAUGUCACUUCUCUGCAGCCAGCAGGAGGUGCUGCUCUUGGCAGUGUGCGUGGGAGGGACGGAAUUGGGGGACACAGUGGGAUGCCUUUGAAUGUCAUGCAUAACGGGAAUCACAGGGCAGGGGCUCGGGAGAUCUGGCCCCUCAGAUAGCAUGGGAGCCAGAGCACAGCUAGCUUUCAUUUGCCAAUCCACCGCUCAUCCCGGUUAGGACUGUAUGAGCACUUUGGCUGUGGGUGAGACGAGUCAAACUGAUGGAACACGAACCGCUGCCCUGUCUGGGCUAUUGUGCUCUGUUCCAUUAGGUCCCUUUUCCAGGACCCCUGAAGGCUGCCCACAGCCCGGGAGCAGGGGAGGUACAAACUGCUUCCCCUUGGUUCCUGUGCUGGCCCCAGACGAAAGGGUCUUCGUGCCCUUCAGGCCCGGGGCUUGGCUUCACGGUAACUCAGCUGAUGUCUCCACUACAGCUGUGCCACCGCAGCUCGGGGGCUUUGUACGUUGCCUGAAGGGGUUUUUCUGUCACUAUAGUUAAUCUACCUCGCGGAGAGGCAGCAGCCAGGUCGACAGAAGAAUCCUUCCCGUAGGCCCAGCUGCACCUCUGUGGGGGUCAGGUGGGCCUAACUACAUCGCACAGGGCACACACUUGUUCACAGCCCUGAGCCAUGUGGCUGGGGCAAUCUAAUUUUGAGGUGUGGACCAGGCCUCAGAAACAACACACAGCUCAGCCCGAGCUCCCUCCCUGAGCCUGGCAUCCCAAAGAUUUCCCUCGGGGCACUCCUCUCUGCCAGCCCCUAGUUCCCUCUCCUCAGAGGGCCGCUGUGUUUCCAUGGCACCCUGCCUGCCACGGUGCUGCUGCUGGCUCCCAAGCCUGUCUGCGGCUGCAGUAUCUUCAUGUCCUCUGGGCCACGCUGUCCUGUUCCUUUCCUCUUCGAGCCGUACCAGCAAGGUUCCUCCGAGCCUCAUCCGCCACACCUUCCAGCUUCCACCCAGGCCGCACUGCUCCCCGCCUGCCUGUCCUCCAGCGCUCUGCCCCCGGUGAUGGGGCCCCCCCUUGCCCAGGGCGCGUGCGCCUGUUCCUGCUGGGGAUGGGGGGCUACAUGUCACUCGCUGCCCCUCCUGCACCAGGGGCUCCAGACUCUUUGUUUUGAGCAAUGACAAGGAGUGUGAUGAGCUGCUCGGCUUGGCGAGGGCCGCAGCCCUCUCCAGGGGAGGCGUUGCCCCUUUCUGGCUGUGAGAAAGCAUAGGAGGGGACCCCUGGCCUUUCCUGCACACGGUACCUUCAACAGUUUGCAGUUCCAGAAAGGAAGGGGCCAAAACUAUGUGGGAGGGGGAGACGGGAAAGUGGGGUAAGGUUGCCGGUGUUGGUAACAGUAUUCCUGGAGGUUUCAUCACAUGACAUAAUCUUCAAUUCCUGGGGGCUGCUGGACAAUACUGGAGAGUUGGCCAUCCCAAACCGAGGGCAGGGGGGCUGAGGAGGCAGAAAGGAUGCAGGGGGCUGCUCCAGAGGCCAGGGUGCAGCCCCCCCCCCGGGGGAGGUUGGAGCAAGGAGGGCAGUUUGGGGGUGGGGACGGGAGUGGCGUGUCCACAUGGACCCCACCAGUGUGUCCUUCAUCCCCGGAAAAGCGGAGACUCCCGCUUCUGCCCCAUCACCUCCGGGGUCCGCCACCACCUCCAAGGCCCGGGACUGUUUUCUUGAGCUGCAGCUUUGCCUGAGCCAAGGACGGGUCGCGCUCGCCCUGCCCCCGCGCCAGCCCCGCCGAGGGAAGCGCAUCCGGUGGGCAGGCGGCUUCCAGGAGCACCCCAGGUCCGCUCCGUCUUUCAAACGCUACAGAGCCGGCAGCUCCGUGCAAGCGGAGCCCGGCCCGGCCCAGCCCAGCCCAGGGGUGCAACAUCGCGGCGCAGCGCCUAGGGGGCUGGGAAAGGCUCCCGCCGGGGGCGGCCGCUCUGCGCCCAGCUCGCCGGGCUGCACCUGUCUCCGCCGCUCCCCCGUCCCCGGCUGCUGCCGGCGUCUGCAUCCCCCGCCCGCUGCGGGCCCCGCCCCGCUCCGCGGCGAUGCGGCGCCGGCUGGGCAGCGGGGGGCUCGGCUCCGGGCGCUGAUCCCCCAGCUCGGCCACGCGUCGGGCGCCGGGGCGGCUGCGGGCUCCGUGCUGCGGGGACCCGGAGGCUGCGGCUCGGCCUGACGCGACCCCUAGCUCCCCGGCCGCGGGUCCGACGCGGCCCGGCCGGAUGGAGGCUCCCGGUGGGGCGGGGACCCCAGAACGGGUUAAAGAGCCCCAAAGGCUGGAGCGAGCCGCAGGCAUCCCGGCACACGGGCCGGUGGAGGAGCCUCCCAGCCCCCCGGCCGAGGAGCAAGGCGGGAUCCCCAUCCCCAGCUCGGGCCUGCUGCAGGUUGCUGAACGGAGACAGCCCCUGAGCAGCGUGUCCUCCCUGGAGGUGCACUUCGACCUGCUGGAUCUGACCGAGCUGACGGACAUGUCGGACCAGGAGCUCGCCGAGGUCUUCGCCGACUCCGACGACGAGAACGUCGCCAGCGAGUCCCCUGCCGGGCUGCACCCGCCCCCCCUUCCUCGGGCCGGGUGCCUGCGAUCCCCCUCCUGGACAAGGACCAAAGGCGAGCAGGGGCGGGAGAAGAAACACCUCAGUGACUCGGACCUGCAAGCAGGCAUCGUAGACACUUUCCUGGCGGUGGAGAGGCCCCAGGAGGACUAGGAGGCUGGGAGCCACGGUGGGAUCUGAGCCAAGGUGCCAAGCCGGGGGUGUGCACUCUUGCACUUACCCCCAGUUCCAGACAGUUUGUGACCUUAACAGACCCCUACUCCUAGAGAGACGAGCAAACCCUGCUGGCUCCGUGUAAUGCAAAGCUCCCCCCUUAGUGCGGCCGUAGCACGUGGAUCAGCUGUGCCAGGGCACUGGCCGUGCUGGGCAGCGAGGAGACAGAUCAUCAGCACUCUGUCUUAGCACUUUUUUAACCCUUUCUUGCUCACUCUGUACAAAACCUGGCCAGGCCGGCAGCAGCAAGCGCAGGGCCUAGGGCCAGGAGAGAGCCCGGCUGCACGGAAGGGAAAAGCAGGUUUGGGGAGAAUUGCGUCUUUUUGGAGAAAAGCCCCCUGGCUGCAGGCGAGUUAGGAGAGGGGGAAAGCCACCGUUCUUCCCCCAGGGCAGGAGGGAGGCAACGUCCAAGGAACCUGGGGGCAAACAGCCACGCUGGUUCUUCCCCAAUGAAGUGCUGUAGCUCAGAGCAGAACCCAGCUGCCUGGGGGCCGCCGGCCAAGGUGGGAUUUAGCCAUCACUUGCUAGAAGCACGUUCUCGUCCCUGUGGCUUUACACCCGUACGGGCUUUAGCUCCGGUGUAAGAGCAGCACUGCUGGAUGCCAGCCUGGGAACAGCAGCCCGUGCUCAUCUCCCACUGUGAGCCUGCACAGGGAACUCUGCAGUGGGGCUGGCUCGUGUGAACUCACGUGGCUGCGAGGAACCCAUGGGUCUGAAUUACGACUGCUUUGCCGCUGUUACAAGGAAGCCCAGUUCCAUCUCUGGAAGCGGCGUGGGGUCGGGGGCAGUUGGACAGACGUCUUUCUGAGGUCAAACCGGACUAGGCUGAAGCGAGCUGGAGCAUGGGAACAUGAGCCCGACUGCACAGAUCCUGCGGGAGGGGGCCCUGGGGCGAGGCAGGAGGGGCUGUGUUUACUUGAUCCUUUCACCAUUGACACAAGUUGCUUCGUGCUAAGGAGCAGAACGGAGUCGAGGGGGCCUGGGAGAGGAACGGGACCCGCACUGUGCCCAGAAAACAAGAGGGGCUAAGCUGGACAUCCUGUUCCCUUGAAACCUCAGCCCCACUUGAAUUGUUGCCACCCUCCUAGCCCCUGCUGUCCACCUGCAAUCUGGUGGGUUACCAAACUUUUCCUACCUCCUCCCGGGGGUGGGGUUAGCCUGUUGAAUGCCCCUACGGCCGGAUCUCGCUAAGCCCAGCUGUUCUGCAGGGGGAGCCGGACGGUGCUAGAAUGUCUUCGCAGGCUCCCCUCACAACUGCUGCUGUCCAUCCCGCCGAGCCCCCGGGGCAGUCUAGUCUUCAUCUCCUCCCUUGUUCAGAGCACCAAAUAAUGCCAAGGCUGCCUCAGGAGCCAUGGCAACUUUCUUAAAAGACAGUUACAAAGGAGGGAUGGGGAGGGGGCAGGUCUUCCCCUCCUUCCGCCCUCCCUUGGUUAAACUGGGGAAUCCUCAUUUUCUGCUAUUGUGGAGAAGAAACUCUCCUGCCGAACCAAGGUCUCUUGCCUCACUGUAGCAUUGCGUUGGGCGUGCGGCUGCCUUCUGUCCCUGUGGUUCUGUGUGCGCAGUAGUGUCUUGGCCGGGGCUAUGUUGUCCUUUCCCGUCUGGGAAGCAGCACGGCUGGCUCUGCUUAGGACCCCUGGCCCUUUGAACCUUGCAGGCUGCAGUUAGUGGCCAGCUGGCAAGGUAGCCUGGCUUGGAGGCUAUGUUCACAAGAGGGAAAGGAGACAACACAGAGGUGGCCAGCACAACCAGUCACAUACAGCUCUCUGCAAAGCUCAUCUUUAGUGCCCAACAGCAGCAUUGCCAAGUGAGAAUAGUAACAGUUGGGCAGGGGCAGGGCGGACCAGUCUGUCAAGGGAUUUGAAAUAAUUAGGGCCCUUUCAAUUUCAUGGUCCAUUUUGGUCAAUUUCAGAGUCAGGACUUAAAAAAUAAUCAAUUUCAUGAUUUCAGCUAUUUAAAUCUGAAAUUUCAGUGUUGUAACUGCAGGGGUCCUGACCCAAAAAGGAGUUGUGUGUGUGUGUGGGGGGGGUUGCAGUACUGUCACCCUGACUUCUGGGCUGCUGCUGGCAGGGAGCUGCCUUCAGCGCUGGGUGCCCAACCAACAAGUGCCAGUCUCCGGCCACCCAGCGCUGAAGGCAACGUAGAAGUAAGGGUGGCAAUACCGUGAACCCCCCCGCAACUCCCUUUUGGGUCAGGACCUCCAAUUUGAGAAACGCUGGUCUCCCCCGUGAAAUCUGGUCUUUUGUGUGCUUUUACCCUCUGCUAUACAGAUUUCACGGUCCGUGAUGCUUUUUUCAUGGCUGAGAAUUGGGUAGGGCCCUACAAAUAAUGCCCCAGUCAUUGGACCAUGCCGUCUCUCUCCUCUACCAAAUUUGGAAAAGAGGGUCAGAUCUUUGGGGUUGGAGGAACCACAGCUCUUGUUUCUGCCCUGUGGAGUCCAGCUGCAGUGAAAUUCAGAUGCAGCAUGGAGAACGAGGGUCCAGCAGGCCUUUCUCUGGGCUGCACCCAAAUUUCAUGGCCUGACAGUGGAGCUGCUCCUGAUUGUCAUGUAAAUCAGGCCAGUUGCCAGCUGGAGCACACCUCAUGCUUCAGCUGACACAUGAGCCAUGAGGGGCUUCUGGAGCAGCUUCCAAAAUAAAUUCCCUGCUUCGAGCCCAGAGUAGCAGUUUGGGCUGGUUUGCAGCUUUCAUUCAGAUCCGUGCUGUUGCUAUCCCAGCGUCCCACAUGUUAGUUAUAGAAGUGCCAGCAGCCCCCUGGAAAAGGAAGGCUCCAACUCUGAGGGGUGCAGGGGGCUUGCAAGGGAGGGAUUUCUUAAAAACAAUCUCCCACCAAAAGCAGGAGCUGGUUAAACUCCUCCCCAGAGCUCCAGCCCGGAGCCACCCGGUCACCAGACUAAAAGAGCAGUUAGGUCGUGCUGCCAGCAUGACACAAUAAGGAUUUAGAUUAAAACCACCCAAGUCUUGAGGCAGCUUUAGGACACACACCUGCACCCUCCAGCUGUUGAGCCAUUCUGCCCUUGUCCUGUACUUUUCAUUGGUUGUGUAGCAGCUUUCUGUACUGUUAAAAAACAAACGUAUCCCCA